AAGCGCAGCAGAGGGGCCGCGGAGACGCGGGAGGGAGGCGAGCCGGGGUGCGGAGGAGGAGCCGCGAGCCCGCGGCGGGCAGCGCGCACCCGGCGCCGGGAGCCGCGGAGCACGUGCGGGAGCCGCCUCCAGGCGCAGGGCGGCGGCGGCCGCCGGCGGGGUGCGGCGCGGCGCGGCGGCCCGUAUGGUGCCGCGCCGGGACCCGGCUCCUGCUCGGCGGCUUCGGCGGGGCCCGGCGGCGCUCGGCGGGCAUGAGGAACCUGCCGCUCCUCCUGCUGCCCCUCUGCUGGAGCCUGGCGCGGGUGAAUGGUGUCCAUCCAGAAUGCAGAUUUCAGCUGGAGAUUCAUAAGGAGGAAGCAAGAUGCAUGGAGCUUCUGAAGAAUUUAAAACCAGUGGACUACAGAGGAUGUGUUGGAGUUUGGGAUAACAUUACCUGUUGGCGUCCUGCUAAGAUUGGAGAGACUGUCACUGUCCCUUGUCCAAAAGUGUUUAGCCUUUUUUCUGGCAAACCAGGAAAUAUUAGCAAAAAUUGUACAAGUAGUGGAUGGUCAGAUAUUUUUCCUGACAUCCUAAGCACCUGUGGAUAUAAUGAUUAUGAAGAUGACUAUAAGGUCAACUUUUAUAUAAGGGUGAAAGCAAUUUAUACCCUUGGACACAGUGUAUCUCUGAUCGCUCUUACAACAGGAAGUAUAAUUCUUUGUCUUUUCAGAAAACUUCAUUGUACUCGGAACUACAUCCAUCUGAACCUGUUCCUCUCUUUCAUUCUAAGAGCAAUCUCUGUUUUAGUCAAGGAUGAUAUUCUCUAUUCCAGCUCCAACACAGCUCACUGUCCAGAGGAUCAAACCUCAUGGGUGGGCUGCAAGGCUAUUUUGGUAUUUUUUCAGUAUGGUGUUAUGGCAAACUUUUACUGGCUCUUAGUUGAAGGACUUUACCUCCACAUCCUUCUUGUGCUAAUAUUCUCCCCCAACAGACAUUUCACAGUCUAUCUGCUGAUUGGAUGGGGAAUUCCUACCAUAUUCAUUAUUACAUGGACAGUGACACGAAUCAUUUUGGAGGACACCGGUUGCUGGGAUACAAAUGAGCAUGGUGGUCCCUGGUGGGUUAUACGAAUACCAAUUUUAAUUUCUAUUAUAGUGAAUUUUAUACUUUUCAUUAGUAUUAUAAGAAUCUUACUGCAGAAAUUAAGAUCUCCUGAUGUUGGAGGAAAUGACCAGUCACAGUACAAGAGACUUGCAAAAUCCACGUUGUUGCUUAUUCCCUUAUUUGGAGUUCACUACACAGUAUUUGCUCUGUUUCCUGACCGCAGUUCCAAUAACUAUAAAAUAAUUUUUGAGUUGUGUUUGGGAUCUUUUCAGGGGUUGAUUGUUGCAGUCCUGUAUUGCUUUUUGAACAGUGAAGUGCAAGGGGAGCUGAAAAGGAAAUGGCGGAGUCUGUGCUGGAAGCAGACAGCAGGCAGAGAUUACAGACUCCACAGCUCUUCGAUUUCUCGAAACGGAUCUGAAAGCGUUUCUCAGCUCCAUCGGCAUUCAAGAGCUCAGUCUUUUAUGCAGACGGAGACCACCAUGAUAUAAAUCAGCUAGGUCCCCCAAAAGAAGAAACAAAAAACUGUGGGAUAUAUCAUUCCUUACACAACUUGAUGUGGUAUUUUCUAAAAUGUACAGUUUAAUGCUUUGCUUUUCUACAUAUUGAUAUUUGGGAAAUUGGUUUGUGCAGCCAACCAGGUAAUAACAGAGACACCUGCCCCAUGGAUGCUUUAUGCUUUUUUUUUUUUUUUAUGCCAUUCAUAUUAGUUCUGAUAUUCUCUUGUCAUUUACUAGCCAUAAUUAUUUAAAAAAUGAUUUGCUAUAGCGGUUCCUUUCACCUUAAAUCUGUCUAUAAGUUGAACGGUACCCUCAUCAGUGCAGACUGUUUUGAUACAUAUGAAAGUUUAGAUGGGAAGCAAGCAAAUUCCUUGCACUUUAUUUAUACCUAAAGUACCAUUCCUUUCCUUAAGGGUAUACUACAAUUAGUACCUAGUACAGGUACUAAUUAUGGAAAACAAAGCAAAAUAAAGAAAUGUAAGGCUAUAAUUAACCACAGUGGGAAUAUAGUGUAGUAAUCCAGGGAAUCGUUAAUAUUAUUUGUACGGAGGGAGAAAAAAACUUCUUGGCUAGUUGUAUAAAUCCUCAUUCAAUUCAGAGAUGACUUCCUACAGAGCUUGAUUCUUCUCAUACUAUCCCCCCCGAAAGUGCCGUUUUUUUAGGUUUUGGUGCAGAAAGUAGGGCUAUCUUUGCAGUCCAUUUAGAAAAGCCUACUGUAAUAGUUAUGAUUGAAAUAUCACCAUUUGCCAAUAGCACUAUUGCAGUCACCAGUUGUACUCCUCUGUUUAAAGUGCCAGAGAUUUGUGUUGAUCUUAUAUUAAACAAUUUCUGAAGAGGUUCUUUAUCACUAGAACAAUCUGACAUAGAAUAAACAGCCUUGGCUAGCCUAUUACCCACUGAAAAUAUUGUUUCCAUAUAAUAUUUUCAUUAAAAUGUGUCUUUAGGACUAUAUCUUUGAUAGUUAAAAGAGAGAAUAUUUCAAUAAAGUUACAACACCCAUUUAAGGAAUAAUGUAAAUAUUUUAGCUUAAUUCUGUUUUGUGUCUGAGCUGAUUUAAAAUUAAGUAAUGAACAUGAUUCCAGCAAAAAAAAAUAGACAUAAUCCCUAAAAAUUACCGUAAAAGGCAUAAAUUGCAAGAAUUUUCAGCAUCAUCAAGCCUCUUAUGUAGUCACUUUAAAAAAAAAGACAUAGAACUGACAAGGUCUUAUAAAUAUACAAAGAACAUUUGCAAUCUUAAAAGAAAUAAAUCCAGUUACGUUUACUUCUCAUGUCACAGUUGACCAUGUCCACUCUAAAUAGUAAGUGUGAAUAAUACAUAUUUACAUGAGCACCCUAGAUCCAUAAAGAGAAUUGCCCUAAUAUUUCAGAUAACAGAUUGUACGGAGCUAGCAGAGUAUAAAGCCCCUAACGUUUCCAGGAACAGGGGAGCAUGGCAGCAAGGAGGAUCCUUUGGCAGGCACACAUGUACAUUCCUGAAAAUACUGCCAGUAUUAGGGAUGUUUUAGGCAGCUAUCAGCGUAUCCGUGCACCUCUUAGUCUGUUUUACUUUACCUGUUUAUCAGCCAAACACCAUUUAUUUUAAUGAGAUGAUCCUGGAGUGAUACAAAGUUCGGUAAAACCAAAGAUAGAAAAUGCCGUAAUGAUCACAUGAGUAGUACAGAAUCAGUAACUUUAUCUAUAUUACGUGACAAUAGCCUUAAUGUAAUAGGUAUCAUUUGCAUUAAAUAAUCAUUUAAUUCUUACUUGGCAAAUCUGACAUUAAGGCAGCUCUUGGUCACCUGCAGUUAUUCCAAGUAUUUUUUACUGUCACUUGGUGAAGUAACUAUGAGAUACUGGAGUGAACUAGCCUGCCCAGUGGGGUUUAAAGAUAGGACCGUACACCUGUGUUUAAACUUUAUAUACUAAAUAUUCCCAAAGACUUUAGACCCAGAAACCACUGCUGACCUUUAGUAUUUCUCCUGGAUCUCUGAACAACCUUAACAGCAAACUCUUGACUGCAAAUAUGUAAAGACAUGUUGGAGCUUUUGAGGGGUUAUUGGUAUUCCUAAAUUAAAUAUAUCUGUGCACUUCAGGCUUCUCAUGUCGUUUGGACUGCUCAGCUUUCUGAAAAUGAGAUCAUAUCUGGAUAUAUGCAACAAUAGUUCUCAAAUGCUGAAUUUAUUUUUUUCCCCUGAAACCCAAAAGUGGAAAGGCACACUUGACAAGCGUUCAAAUGGACUCAUCUUUGUAUUCAAGGGAGGUUCUGCAAGUGAGCUGAAACAAACAGAAUCGUGGUGUAGAAACAGAAGUUUAAAGCAAUCAGUUCCAUCAGCCUGUUCUGCAUGAUGCAUCACCAAUUACGUGUUCAGAAUUCAUUGUGUAUCCUAGAGAAAAUAAUCUUUGCUUUAAUUAGAUGAGCAGAGAGAAAAAUCUGCAUUUUAAUGAUUUCUGGAUUAUAAAACAGUAAAUUGUAAACGAGGGAAUACAUUUUAAGGUGCAACAAGUAGUGCUGUAUGCGACAAUGAAGUUGCAUCAGUGGUAGACCAAAACUGGGAUCACUGAUUUUUCAAAUAACCUGCAUUUUUAGUGCCUGCAUGGGCAAGUGAAGAAUGACGUGCGAGGGAGAAAGAGGCUUCGUAUGCUUUUCUUUCAAGCCAGUGAAAAGUGUGGUAAUUUGUAAAGACUUAUCCCUCUAUUAAAAAUCAUAGAAUCUAAAUAUAGACAACAUGAGAGACAUGCUGUCUCAGAGAGCUUUACUUCGUAAUGCUUCGGUAAGGCCCAGAAGGCAUGGUGCUCAUCAGUUUUCACUCCCAGAAAAUUCUGAUCUCCAAAGAAUUUUAUAAAAGGUUCCAGCAUCAACCCCAUCAUCAUGAGACCUGUUUGACUUUCAGCUGCUUUUGCACACAGACACACAUCAUAUUAAAAUGUAUGCAAAAAAUGCAAAUCAGUUUGAUGAAUCUAGCACUUGAGCAGUAUUUUGCAUUUUUCCAACACACAGGAUAGUUUUUCCUGGCUUUGUUUCUCAUUACAUUUUGCACCUCACUGUGGCGAUAAACUGUCUUGUAUUGUGCUGUAGUGACUCUAACAGUCAAAGAGACAGUGCAAGAAAGCAUCAUUUAGCCCUUUGGCAUCCUUGAGCACCGCUUUCCCUUAGUUCUUGGUGUGUCAAGGGAGGAGGUGAAGGCAGCAAGGCAGGUCACAUCCUUUCCCCAAGGGCCCUUCACAUACUGUUUCUCACCUUUUUUAUUCCUCUACAAUCUUUCUCCCUUUGGUUGUCAAGGUCAAAACUGGGUUGUAAAGUCUUCAAGGCAGGAAACCUAGGUUUUUGCUCCCACUGAAAAGCCAGUAGAACAUCGUCUGUGCUGUAGGAUUCCUGGACAAGAGCAGUAAUAGGCUUCACUCUUACAGUGUGGUAAUCGGAGUGCUUCACUUCCCUUCAGCCUCCGGGCAGCACCAUUCGUUGUGAGUGGUUUUUAUCAGCACUGUGUCCUCCUGAUGCCUGCGGGAGACAUUGCGACAGAUUACUCUCCAGUUGCUAAUGUUGACCAGAACCUAAACAUACAUAUUUUUCCAUUAGUUGACUUAAAUUUUCCUCUGCAGAAUCAAUUUCAGCUAGAUGCUUAAUAAACUGGUGAAAUUCACUUGCACCUAAUUUAGGCACCUAAAACUUAGAUGUCUGCUUUUGAGCUAUGGACUCUUCAAUGCACCUUCCAUAGUCAUCACAGAGAAAUAGUCUGUAGGUUAAGAUGAUUCAUCCCAUUUUCAGAGGGGCAUCUAAGGUAGGUAAACUGAAUCAUCCUCUCAAAACAUCUAUUUUAUAAAAGGAGCCCAGGAUAGCUAGCUAGUACUUAGACUUCUCACUUUCUAUCUAAAAUUAAGUAAGAUUAAUCUCUGUGGUGGAGUUUAUGGCCAGAGGAGUCCGUUAGGUGUCUGGCUGAUAAAUGAUGCCCAGAUAUCCCCUUUUUAAGGCAAUAAUUUGGAUUGUCCAAAGUUAUCCUGAAGCAAAACAUGCAGGAUAAUUUAAAAUGCAGGCAGUAAAGUUCGUUCAGUAGGGUGUCCCAGGCCUUCCAUGGUAAACCCUGUUGCCUUAUUUCUUGUUUGGAUUUGUCUGGAUUCAGUUUAUAGCAGUUGUUUCUUGCUUUGGGUUGGGUGUUAGGUUUUUUUUUUUUUUUUUUUUUUUUUUGUCUUUGGUAGAAGGAUCAUCUGCUAAACUAAAGUGCUCUUCGGUAUGAGACAUCUUCCUUAUAUGAAGUUUCCUGCUGUUAAAGUCACAUGUUGAUUCCCUCUCUGAGAAACUAAAGAUGUCAGAUUUCUGAAAUUCUUACUGCAAGGUGUUUUCGCAACUAUUUUUCCUGGUUCCCUCCUGUGCCCUCUUCCAUUGUAAUGGCUUUGGCCACAACAGACACAGAGCUGCAGUCGCUCCCUCGUCAGUAUGACAUACCCCAUCGACCACGUGUCUCGCGCCACUUGCAGCUCUCCUGGUCAUUUUAACUGCUGACCAGGGACUGGCAAAUGACAUGCAGCAAGAUUAUUAACAGUAUUUUUCUGCCAUCUGAACUCAUAUAUUUUUGUAAUACGUUGGCUUAGGAGUCUGGACUCUCAUUCCCUUCCUUUCACAGCAUGGUGAUGUGAUCGGUGCUGCGGGCAGCGCUGCGUUGGAAGUGUACUGCAGCAGCAGACGCUCGGUGGUGGCACAAGGUGACAAAGGCAUGAGGAAGCUUCCUGGUGUCCGGGAGGAGACUGCCUGCUCCACUCCGCAGCAGCUUCUUCGCGUCAGGGUAUGCCCCAGACGAGCUUUCCUCUGCCUUUAAAAUGAUGAUGAGGAAAGCAGUUGCUGGAGAGCAGCAGCAACCCCGGCAGUCUGGGGCUGCUAGUGAAGUAAGGCAUUUCUGAGUGCAAGUGUCUCUAAGCUUAGGGACUGAGAUGAUCAUUUCCAUUCUUUCCUUCCUGUUUUUGUGAGUUUUAAAACUUUUUUUUGUUUUGAAUUUACUUUAUACAGAUUUUUUUUUCACAUAUCUCCAAUGAAAACCAAACAUGUUCAAUAAGCAAAGUAACCUGGCAAGUAACCUGCAGAAAAAGCUACUAUGGGUGUAAUGGGUGUUGUUGGAACAACUAAUGCCUGUGCACAGUGAUACAGCAAACAGCGUUACUAGAAUAAAAGUACCUUUACACUACCAUGAGUGCCUAUAUGAGCUUUGGGCGGUCAGUAGUGCCCUGGCAUAACCGAUCAGCAGAGGUGCAGGUACGGCGCCGUGGCGUUUAUCAAGCGAGGAGGGCUGGAGCAGCCGCGGACUCUGCCGUGUGUGCCGGGAGGAGCACCGAAAAGCAGCACUCUGCGGCACGCUUUAGCAGCUCAGUGCUGAACCUGGUUUUGCCACUGCAAACAGUAUCUAGCUAGUUCAAAACCAGUGACGUUUCUGUUGUCAGCUAAACCAGUGACCAAAAUGCCCUAAACUACUUUAUUUCCCAAGCUCUGUAGUAAGUUCAUAUCAUAUGCUGCAACUUUUUUCUGGAGCAUUACUAUGAGUAUUGGUUUGAAAUUCUCUUUUGUCAUCUUUAUUGAUAAUUUUUUUUUUCUGUCAAAUACAGUAAAAAUUUAAGAUGAUGCAAAUGAAUGUGAUAAUUUUCUACAAAAUGUACAGACUAUGAUGUUGUAUAGAUUAACGUGUGUAAAUAGACUUGCUUUUCGUACUGUAAUCCAGUACGCCUA